CCUAAUUCUGGUGAACUGGAUCCUUUAUAUGUAGUAGAAGUACUUCUGCGCUGCAGCAAAGAAAGCUUAAAAAAUUCAGCUACUGAGGCUGCAAAACCAGCCAAGCCUGAUGAGAAAGGAGAGAUGCAGGUUGUUCCAGUUUUGGUGCAUCUCCUUUCUGCUAUCAGCAGUGUUAGGCUUUAUAUUCCUAAAGACCUUCGGCCAGUGGACAAUAGACAGAGUGUUUUAAAAUCAAUACAGGAAGUUCAGAAACGUUUUCCUGAUGGUGUUCCCUUAUUAGAUCCUAUUGAUGACAUGGGAAUUCAAGAUCAAGGACUGAAAAAAGUCAUUCAGAAAGUAGAGGCUUUUGAGCAUCGAAUGUAUUCUCAUCCACUUCACAAUGAUCCAAAUUUGGAAACUGUGUAUACACUUUGUGAAAAAAAAGCACAGAUUGCAGUAGAUAUUAAAUCUGCAAAACGAGAACUGAAGAAAGCAAGAACUGUCCUACAAAUGGAUGAGCUCAAAUGUCGCAAACGUGUUUUAAGAAGGUUGGGCUUUGCUACUUCUUCUGAUGUCAUAGAGAUGAAAGGACGAGUGGCUUGUGAGAUCAGCAGUGCUGAUGAACUCCUUCUCACUGAGAUGAUGUUUAAUGGCCUUUUCAAUGACCUGUCUGCAGAACAGGCAACUGCGUUACUAAGCUGCUUUGUGUUCCAAGAGAAUUCCAGCGAGAUGCCCAAAUUAACAGAACAGUUAGCAGGACCACUUCGUCAAAUGCAGGAAUGUGCUAAAAGAAUUGCAAAAGUUUCAGCAGAAGCAAAAUUGGAAAUUGAUGAGGAAACUUAUCUUAGCUCAUUCAAGCCUCACUUAAUGGAUGUGGUGUAUACCUGGGCAACUGGAGCUACAUUUGCCCAUAUCUGCAAAAUGACAGAUGUCUUUGAAGGCAGCAUAAUUCGUUGUAUGAGACGCCUAGAAGAAUUGCUUCGACAGAUGUGUCAGGCAGCAAAAGCCAUUGGAAAUACUGAGCUGGAAAAUAAAUUUGCAGAAGGAAUCACCAAAAUCAAGAGAGACAUUGUGUUUGCUGCCAGCCUCUACUUAUGAAGAAUCAGCUAAAGGAAGUAGAAUUUUAAAAUUACUUGCUACCUGGCUGAUUAUAGUUGACUACAGAUGCUUACAAGUGUUGAUAUGUUCUCCCAUCUCAAGACAAUUGUCCUCAAACAUUUUAAUACAGAUUGUAUUUAAAUCAAAUAUCAUUCCAAGAAAGCGUAUUACAUACACAUAUGUACAUAAGCAUUACAUUUUUUAAUAAAACAUGUACAGGUGGGGCAUUGUUUAAUGGAAGGCUUGAAAUUUUAAAUGAAUUUAAGAGCUGUUAGAUAACCAUUGUGUUAAAUGUAACUAUAUACACAGAUAAAGUGGGUAUCCAGGAGGUAUAGCAGCAGCAGCAGUCCCAUAAAGGCCUGUACACCAGAAAGAAAGACGCAUCCUCUUGCCUUGUGGUUGCAGUUGUUUUCCUUUUAGAAAGCAGGCCAGCUUCACCUGCCACCCUGCCUUCAAGGCUGGUGAUUGUUCCGAUAGUGAUUUCCCGCCGUUGGUGUUUCAUGAAGAGUUGUAUGAGAGUCCUCCUCUUUUCUUUCUUUAAAAGGAGAAUUCCUCUCCUUGAAGAAAUCUGAUACAUACACAGCCUACAUAGAACAGGUUACACUUAGAACAGGGCAAAGUAUUUAAUGGUAUACUUUAUGUAAGUUUAAAAACCAUACAAGUUGCAGGAAGUAGCUUGUAAAGACAAAAGGAUAUACAUUAGACAUAUCAAUUAAGAAUAUGAAAAACUAGUUAAUAGGAAUUUUUUUAAAAAGCUUAUUUCAAAUAGACAAUGCCUUGGUAAAUAGCUUCAUUCUACCAACACUUAAAAGUGUUAAUUCU